UUCACACACUACUUCAAAAUCUCUUACGACAUUAACCAAGAAAUAUGAAGAAGAUGAAUGUGGUUGCCUUUGUUAUGCUGAUCAUCUCUUUUCUUCUGCUGCUUUCUCAGGUACUUGCAGAGUUGUCUUCAUCCAGCAACAAUGAAACUUCCUCUGUUUCUCAGAUUCAGACGAAUGACGAGAACCAAACCGCGGCGUUUAAGAGAACAUACCACCACCAUCGUCCAAGAAUCAAUUGUGGGCAUGCAUGCGCAAGGAGAUGCAGCAAGACAUCGAGGAAGAAAGUGUGUCACAGAGCCUGUGGAAGUUGUUGUGCCAAGUGUCAGUGUGUGCCGCCGGGAACCUCCGGCAACACAGCAGCAUGUCCUUGCUACGCCAAUAUCCGUACACAUGGCAAUAAACUCAAGUGUCCUUAAAAGACUUCAAAACUCUAUUUAUAUGCUCUGCUCUCAUCUUUUGAUUAUGUUUCUUCGUUUGUUAUGUUGCAUGUGUGAUGUGUGAGCUUAUUUCCAUUAUGUUGACAUUAUUCAACUAAAUGAUUUGUAUCGAUUCCGAAUAAUAAGAUGAGUGAUUUUAU